AUGGCUUUGGACAAUGAUACCCGGGGUUGGAUUAUGAGCUGUGUCAGUGGUGUUGCUUGCGUUCUAGGAGCCAGUAUUAUUUGCGUGGAUCUCAUUGCUAGGAACUGCUGUGGCUUUAAGAACUUUAAUAUUGCAAACAGCAAUGUGUUUCUGUCAUGUUCCCUGAGUUUGAGCGCAGGUGUAUUGAUCUUCACGUCUCUCUACAGCAUGCUUCCAACGGCAAAGUCAUAUCUUAUGCAAGCCGGACUCGCUAGCACGGCUGCUAGCUUCGUUCUCAUCGGACUCUUUCUAGCUGGGGUAGUCAUCAUACAACUAGUUUCCUCCUUCAUUCAUCGCUAUAUCCCUUCGCAUGUCGUUGACUGUAUGCACACGCAUCAGCACCACGUCAAGGGUCUCGAAGAUGGAGUUGAUAGUACCGGAGUUCAUUAUCACUCCCAACCUAUUAUUGCGGCAAUCACGACGCCCACUCCCCCUGUCACCGAACAUACCCCGUUGAUAGGCCCGGGGACACUCUCUUCUACUCCAUCCAUGCCAUCUCACAGCCACGAAACUCCGCUUGCGAAAGCGGCGGCGCUACCUCUCGCUUCCAGACUAACUCGUAGAUUCACGUCGUUUGUCGGUGGGGCCAAACCCUCCUGUAACAAGGACGGACCCUGUUAUGGCCUGUCGCACGCCUGUGGGAAGGAGUGCGCUAAGAUUAUAGAUCAGAGGAGCAUGAGGCAUAUGAGCUCCCGAGAGAGCGUUAUGAGCGAGCAAGCCCUCGAAGCAUGCAGUGGUGGUGCUUCAUCAAAUAUACACCCACCCUCACACCCCACCUCCGAAACCCUCCACCACUCCAGGCCGGUCUCAAGAGACGAAAAUACAUCCCUCCUAGGUAUCCACGGCCUUACCAGCUACCUCGAGGACCCAAACCAACAAUCUAUAGAGGCUGGAGUGACCCACCACCACCAUGUGCCCCAAAACGCGUUCCUAUCCAUCGGCCUCCAAACAUCCUUAGCCAUCGCCCUCCACAAGCUGCCCGAAGGCUUCAUCACCUACGCAACAAACCACGCAAACCCAACACUGGGUUUCUCUGUCUUCAUGGCACUUUCCAUUCACAACAUCACAGAGGGGUUCGUCAUGGCCCUCCCGCUCUACCUAGCCCUGAACUCAAGAUUAAAAGCCAUGAUUUCGUCCAGCCUUCUAGGCGGCAUCAGCCAGCCCGCCGGAGCUGGGAUUGCAGCGUUGUGGAUCUGGGGUGCUGCGAAGGCGACUAGUGGCGAUGGCGGAACAGCUCCAGGCACUGAUGAGGUUUCCUGGGCUGUUUAUGGAGGCAUGUUUGCUGCUACUGCGGGGGUGAUGACUAGCGUAUCGCUACAGCUCUUCUCUGAGGGGCUGGUGUUGUCGCAUAAUACGUCUCUUUGCAUCGGAUUUGCGGUGUUGGGGAUGGGGAUUUUGGGGUUCAGUUUUGCAUUGACUGCAUGA